GCUCAGUUCGCAAUGAGUUUUCUUCGGCGGAUUGUACUUGGAGUACCUUUCCUUAUGCUUUUCCUACAAUUUGGAUUUAGCGAUGUGUCAGUGAGCGAUAUGGAGUGGGCCCAGUACAAGGAUCAGUACAACAAGCAGUACCGGACAACCGACAGUUACCACCGGGAUCUGUACAGCAAAAGAGUAAAGCUGGUUGACGAACACAACAGGCUCUAUUCCGAGGGUAGUGUUGGGUUCAAGAUGGGAAUAAACGAGUUCUCCGACAUAGAUCAGAGUCUCCUCUUCAAGUUUCGUACAUCGAUCCCAAUGCCCACGGAACCAAAUUCUGACGGCAUUACCAAAACUUCAGACUACAAGAGCUAUGACGAAAUAACCGCAGGAAUAGACUGGCGCCAGAACGGCUAUAUAUCGGCAGUGGAAAAUCAGGGCACCGAGUGCCUCAGCUGCUGGGCCUUCUCCACCUCGGGAGUCCUUGAGGCGCAUCUGGCCAAGAAAACCUCCAAGUUAGUACCCCUUUCGCCCAAACAUUUAGUGGACUGUGUUCCCUAUCCGAACAAUGGAUGCUACGGUGGUUGGGUGAGCGUGGCCUUUAACUACACGAAGGAUCAUGGCAUUGCCACCAAGGAGUCCUAUCCCUACGAACCCAAGAAGGGGGACUGUCGCUGGAACAGCACAUAUAGUGCGGGCAGACUGCGGAGCCACGUGACUCUGACCAGCUCUGAUGAAAAGGAACUGGCCGAGGUGGUGUUCAACAUUGGACCCGUGGCAGUAUCCAUUGACCACCUUCACGAAGAAUUCGAACUCUAUUCCGGUGGCAUCUUAAGAAUUCCCGCGUGCCGGUCAUCCAAGAAGGAUCUCACGCACUCCGUUCUCCUGGUGGGCUUUGGAACCGACCCGAAGUGGGGCGACUACUGGCUAAUCAAGAACUCCUAUGGAACAGCCUGGGGCGAGAGCGGCUACUUCAAGCUGGCUCGAAACGCCAACAACAUGUGUGGAGUGGCAACCCUUCCCCAAUAUCCCCUUGUUUGAAUAGAUCUUUAACAAUAAAUAAAUGUGUUGCAAUGAAAUCGAGCG